AUGGCCGCCACCACAACACAAGAUAUCCGCGAAGGAAAGCCGAAAACAAUCCCAAAAGGAAGACCUAAAUCCGGAAGAGUGUGGAAGAGUGAAAAGAAAAGGUACUUAUUGGGUUGAUAUGAGAGGCUCCCUUAAUGGGGAGCGACCAUAUGUGUAUUCUCUUUUAAAGCGAGAGAAUCUACGAUCCCUCGUACGCGUUUGAUUGACGGUGAGCGCUAUCAAUCAGUCAAUAAAUCAAUAAUGUUUAUUUAUUCUCGAAUUGAAAGAUAGCAAUAAGGUGCUGUGAAGAAUUCUUAUUCCAACAUCAAACUCAGUUUUAGAUGAUCUGUGUUUUUUUAAAAAUCAGUAAAAAUACAUUGUUUACUAAUUUGAGUCAGCGUGCAUGUUUAUGCAUGUGUACAUGCGUUUUUAACUAGCUGAAUGAGACAUUUAGGACCUGUUUACAUGAGGUGAGCUACAAUGGAGGACAAAAAUCCUUGGAACGGUUAUGGAAAACCUUCCUUCCACAUCCUUAAUUUAUCAAAUGUUCAGAUGUAGCAUAAUGUACACUUCUCUAACCACUUGGAUACCGCGACUGGCCCUCCCCUCCCCCCUCCAAACAAUGUUGGGAUGAAGAAACACUUUUAGGACAGGGUAAAGCGUACAGGGGUGCACAAACUACAACAUUGCUUAGGGGAGAGGGGGAAAGGGGGAAAAAUUAAGGCAGAUAGUGUUAAUUGUCCUAAGAAUUUUGUCCUCCAUUGUAGCCUUAGCCUGGCCCACUUUAUAGACCUUGUCACAGUUUUCAAUGCCGUCUUGACGAGAAGGCAAACACUUGAGAAAUUACAGUGUUUGUAUGAGAAUCUAAUGUCGAAUAAUUUCUGUGGAACAGCUGUUCUGAAAACAAUAUGAAUUGUAAACUAAAGCUUAGCUCCUAAAGAUUCUACUGAAAAAAAUUGAGGGAGUUACAUUUGCUAGAAGACCUAGAACCACUUUUAUUUUCUAUACAUUUGUCUGUAAGAAAGUCCCGGAAAAAAUUACAGACAAAUAUAUGGAAAAUCUAAAGAAAGCCUCUGGAGAAAUUUAAGCAUCUUUUGGAUCUUUUAUCACCAGGGUUGUGAGACAGUCAAACUAAGACUCUGUUUGUUACAGGAGAGGGACAAUAAUUAUAUCACAAGGCCCAAGCUGGACAAUCUCUUUGUUAAAACCUGGUUUUUAUAUGUUAGGAAAAUCUCAGGCAAUCGGGUAUUUCUCUUUUUGCUGACUAUUUCAGAUUUUUUCUAUAUAUUGGAUAAUCACAAGAAUUCUUUCCCAGAUUCUACUGAUAUUGAAUUUGGCAGGAAAUGGAAAGUGAGCAAGGGGGACUGGAGCCCAGAAAUUUAGAGGAUUGGUAAUGAGCAAAAUCCAUCGCCAAUGUCCCCGACAGUACAAAUUUUCAUUUGUCUGGAAUGAUUGCCCAUAGUCGCAGAAAUCUGGGAUGUGGAGGGAGAAUAGAAAUGCUCCUGAUUCCCCAGAUUUGUCCCUGACUAUCCCAGACUAUCGGGGAUAUUAGUCGGCAACAUCUGGGACUGUCUGGAAACAGUAAAAUGGUUGGGAUUUUCCCAACGUAUGAAAACCAGGCUUAAAGAUUAUGAAUUCAAAGUGUAAUAAUUAUGUUCCUGAACGUUUGUGGCAAAGUGGAAAAUUCUGUUUAUUACUUGAUGUUGUUGUGUUAGGAAAUCUGCAGUUAUUGGUGUUCAUCCCUUGCACACAUCUUGGGGCAGAAAACAGCAAGUUAGAAUGCAACAGAAAUUAAUGAAAGUUUAUGAAAAAGAACUUAAAGAGGAGGCAAAGAAACAAAAAGAGGUAAGACACAGUCAUUCACAAACCCACCAUGCUCUAAUUUUUUUUCUAAGUUUUCAUCUAAUAUCUUACUGCCCUGAUGGUCUAAAACUUUAGGAUCACUUUCUUCUAAGCUAUGUUUUCUGUUGCCCUUUUCCUGUUACCUUAAUGUUUUAUAGUCCCUUUUAAAUGAAUGAUUAGCCGUCUUCUACUAUGCAGAAAUUUAUCAGAUUGAUGAUUUUUUUUCCUCCUUUUUUUUCAGGAAAAACGAAGGAAAAUAGAAGAAAGGAAAAAGAGAAGAGAGGAAAAUGAAAAGAAAUCUCAAGUUGUACAAGUGGUAAGGUUCUGUAGGUGAUUUUCACUCCAAGUAUUCAGUUGACAAGAAUCAACUUCAUUACCCAUCAUGUCAGUAGCCACAUAAGGACUUGGCUUUCUUUUUCCAUUCUUCACUGUCUUUAGCUACCACUCUGCAGUACCCAAGUUGCACUUUCCUUCAUAAUGUUUUCUCAUCUUUUACUUUCCACCUGACUCUACCAUGACGAAUGAAGAAUUAUAUAAUUCUGAUAGUAGCACUAACCAAUUUAUAACUUCCUUUUUAAUUGCUUUCAGAUAAAAGACACAGCAAAGAUAAAGAGAAUGAAGAAGAAACAGCUACGAAAAAUUGAAACUCGUUGA